UAUUUUAUUUUGUAAAAACGAUAAUAUAAAAAUUAUUAUCAAGGAGAGGAAGAGGAGAGAGAAGCUUUACUGAAUUUAACAUAUUAUAUAUUGAAAAUGUCCGAUUAUUUGGACAUGAAGUGUGUCCUUUUGGGAGACGGUAAGACAGGCAAAUCGACAUUUAUUAAGCGCCAGUUAACAGGACAAUAUCAACGGGAUUAUCUACCAACUGAUAAUGUGGACUUGUCUACCUUGAAGUUUCAUACAAAUCAAGGGACAAUCAGUUUUAAAGUCUGGGAUACGGCCGGACAGGAGGAAUUACGUGGUCUACGUGACAUAUAUUACAUGCAAGCUCGUUGUGCCAUUAUAAUGUUUGAUGUAACUCGACCCAAGACAUUUCUCAAUGUGACGGAAUGGCGUCGCGAAUUGAUUCGCAUAUGUCCAGAUAUACCGAUUGUUCUGUGCGGCAAUAAGGCCGAUUUUAUGUUGCCGUUGUCGAUCGAGUCGACAUUUCAUCUUCAUAACCUUCCCUAUUAUCCAAUGUCAGUGAAGACUGGCUAUAAUUAUGACAAGCCGUUCUUAUGGUUAGCUCGCCGUGUAACUGACAACCCGAAAUUGCGUUUUGUCAAGCAACCAGUCAACUUCAGUCCUCAGUAAAGAUGAUGAUACCAAUUGUGAUGUCAAUGCACAAGUUCCUUUGUUUGUGAUUCAUGAAAGCUUUUCGUUUAUAUAUUCUUUUAUAAAUUCUUGUAUAAUUCAAAUGUUUGGAAAGGCUUACAAAAGUUUAAAGUUUUCUCCUACAUAUGCAGCGAUUUCCAACACAUUUAAAGUCAUCUUUCUCCCGGGUACAGAGAUAGCGUUGUCCUUUAGUAAAUGUCCCAGUUACUGUGUGUAGACUAAGCCAAAAUAUAAUUAAAACUAAACUGGUCAACCAACAGCAAAAAAUUAAAACUUUUAUUACGCCAACUGCUCGCAUCCUCAUGCAUUUCUCAAUUCAGAUUUGAUUGUUCAUAUCCAUCACAUUUGCAUCGGUUAAUGGCGCUCGUACAAUUCCACUGGUAAAUCCGAUUAUUCGGUUGACAUAAUACUUUUGGAUCCAAAUCUUUCGGCAGAGUUUCAUUGAAUCUCUCAACGCAGCACAUGGCCAAUAUGUAAAGGUUAUAAAAUAAA